AUGGCGUACAACGUUGUCGCUCAGGUCGACGAGGUGGCUUCGAACUCCGACUCCAACUCCGACCUCUCGCGCAGCGCCUCGCCUAUUGCCGGCCAUGCCUUUCAGCACCUGUGCGAUGCCAACCACGGAGGAGCCCCGCUGGAAGCCGCCAGAAACGACGACAACCAAAGCCUCGGUCAACUCGGGUCGAUGAUCCGCUCGAUGACUACCAACAGCUACGACGUUUCUCCGCCGCAUUCCUCCGCUCAAUACGGCUGUCGCGCGACAUUCCUCCUCCUCCUCCUCCCCUCUCGACCCCCCUUGCGCAGCGCCUCGAGCGACCUUCCCAUCAACCACCCAAUUCCCGACCUACAAUCAUCUCAGGGUGCCUACGUGGGCAAUGUAGCGCGGUUGGAGCAGAGUGCCGAGCAGCUCAGCUCCAGUACAGCAGACAUCGGCUGCGAAAUCCGCAAAAUGGAUCAGGAGCAGAAGCGACGCUCUUGCAGCUCCGCGUCCAACUCGGCCGUCCUCCGGAAUGGAGCAUUCUCGCCGGCGACCAUUGCUUCUCACGGAUCGACCUUCUCCACGCGUCAGCGCUCCGUCUCGGGUGCAUCACGGCUCACCCGACUCGCGGAGCCCGACGACGACCACGAUGGCCAAUUUUUGGAUCGCAUCUCCGCCCCCUCCGCCAUUCCCCCGUCCCCACACGCCCCGAUCUAUACCCAACCUCACGACCUCUACCACAAUCAAUACAAUGGACAAAACGAUGCCGCGGGGGGAAUCCAGCGGCCAGGGUCAGCCGCCUCAGGCGAUACUUUCCUGCAGGCGCAGACGCUGUUCACCAAUUUCGAUGGUGUCCAUUUCGCGCCCUUGGAGCUCGCGAAUUCCGGGCGGCAGCUGUCCCUGAGCCAACCGCCCCUUGCAAGCAAGCCGCAAUCAUACAAAGAGCCACAGAGGGGCGAGAACAUGGUGUACUACCCGGCCCCAGUCCCCCGCAUGUUGAAUCUCCCCCCAAAGCUCUCUCGCAAGCCCAUCGCAGACCGCGAAAAGCGCCGUACCGAGCUUUUGACCAAUAUUGUGGCCGAAGAUAGAAAAUCCGGGUCCUGGUUGGCCGGGUUGGAGCAGGGAAAGCUGGGCGAGAGCCAGAAGGACAAGCGCCAAUCGAAAAUACCACCUCAGCUUCGUGCGAGCCUUUUCUUUGAUAAACCGAGUACCACCCUCGAGGUGGACGUGAAGCAAGAUUCUGCAGUUGCAACACUCGACAGCAUCCUCGACGCUUCGGCGCAUGCGCCUGUAUCGGCCUUUACAGAUCACCCGUACGCCGGCCAAGUUGGCUCGUACGUGUUCCACCAACCAAAGCGCAAGACACUUUAUAAAGAUCCUGCAAGGCAGAGGCCAGAGCGCCAUUCGCAAGUCCCAAUGGGUCAGCGUCACAGCACCAACCACGACAGUGACGAAGAAGGGUCGGUGAGUUCACGCGAUAGACACCGGAACAAGUCUCACGAUGAACAUGAUCGAGAGCAGUCCAGUGGUAGUGGCAGCGGCAGUGGCAGUGAGACGGAAGGCGAUGAGCAUUCGUCGGAAAGCGGAGAAGAUGACGAGGAAGAGGAGGAGGAAUAUGUUGACUACAUGGGUCCUCCGAACACGUUGCUGGCAGAACUAGAGCUGCGGAAGCAAGAAUUGAAGCAGCGACAACGAACAGCACUUCCUACUCCCACUCAAGCGCGAGGCAUGAAAUCUACCCUUUUGGAGCUAGAUGCACGGGCCCAGAAACAGAGUGACAAGCGACGGCGACGACCAGUAACUCUGGCCUGGAAUAAUCAUGAUACUGCAGACGACGAUGAUGUUCCUCUGGCCAUGCUGUACCCUGAUCAAAUCAACAAGGACGACGAGGAUCGUCCAGUGGGUCUGAUGGAGAGACGGCAGCUAGAUGAAAACGAGCCCUUGAGCACACGUCGGGCCAGGCUGCGCGGUGAACCAAUUCCCGAGAAGCGUCCUGUCACAGUAUACACCACCGAACCUCCUCGAGCUAACGCCGCCCAGGCGGAGGCCGAGAGCGGCGACGAAACCGAGACACUCGCAGAACGAUUAAGACGACUGCGGGGGCAAAACCCCGCAGAUAGCGAGUUUGCCAGUGAUCUCUUUGCCGAAUUUGACAAUCGGGCUGGAGUUGUUCCCAAAGAACCCGAGACGGUCCCCAACGCACAUGAGAACGAAACUCUCGCCCAAAGGCGCAAUCGCCUGCAGAAACAGAACGGCCCCCCACAAGGCGCCGCAAAGAACCUGCACAUGCGACGAAGCAUGGCCGCCCUCCCGCAGUCUCGUCCGGUGCAGCAAAUCGCCCGCCAAUCUUCACACGAUGUCCUCCCACACUCCAACAUGAUGUCUGGGCAAUACGCCAAUCGCAUGUCUAUGCAAUCUCGUCCUCUCAAUAUGGGCCACCAAGUCCCCAUGGGAUAUCAGAUGGGCGCGCAGCCUUACGGGUAUGGAGGAAUGGGAUACCCAGCCGCACAUGCUUACAAUAGCAUGAUGAUGGGCGUGCCCGGUGGCAUGGUCUAUGCUAUGCCCGCCGGCUGUGGACCGAACAUGGCUGGGCAGCCUGUUGAUCCGGUGCAGCAAGAAUUUAUUGAUCGGUGGAGACAGAGCAUUCGCUAG